CGUCCGGGCUGCUCCACCCAGCACAGCGAGCAGAAACCCUGCAGAAAGGAAGCGGGCUUUCAGCUGCGGCACCGCGGAUGUUGACGGAGAGGAAAUGCCUGGCUGUCUCCUCCUUCUCUCCCAUCAGAUCUGUUGUUUGCCCACAUCGCUGGCUGCGUAAAGGUGGAGGAGCCGCGCAGUGACUGACUGGUGAUAGUGUGUGGGAAUGCUCCAGCGUCAGGGCGGAUGAAGAUGGCUUCGGUGCGGCUGAUCGCUAAAGUUAGGACGGGACUUUGGAGAAGUCUGCAGCCUUUUCAAGCUUGCGGCUUCACGGCUACGCGUCCGCUUCCACUCCUCCUCAAGGUUAAUUCCAGAUGUCCCUCCCUGGGACCUGCUCCAGCUCUGAUCUCCACUACACCUACUCCCUCCAGUGCGGUGUCUUUGAAGCACAAACAUGGGCGCCUGGUCCUGGAGGUGCUGCUGCCGUCCAGGCAGGAGAAGUGUCUGUUCUACCUGCGACCCAUGCUGAUGACGGUGGGAGAUAUGAUCGCUGAUCUGCAGUCGGAGGAUUCUGGAGUGACUGCUUCUCUACUCUCUGCAGAUGGACAAUGUGUUGCCAGCACGACGCUGCUGGACACCGUGCUGCAGAAGGACUUCCAGCUCGUCAUCAACGGUACCGUUUACGAUAUCAGCGCUCCUGAGAGAGUGGUUGCUUCUAGUGAGCAUGCCAGGGAUAUGGAGGAUAUGAAACACGUUGUGCACCUCCUGCACACGGCGCUCCACCUCCCUGAACACCACCUGCUGCAGGAGAGACAGCUGCUAGAGAGAUUGGACAACCUGAAGCAGGAGCUCACACCUCUGGAGAAGAUGAAGGCCCGGCUGUCCCGAACUGCAGAGUUUCACAGCUCUAGGGUCCUCUGGACCGGCAUGGCCCUGCUGUCGGUGCAGGGCGGCGCCCUGGGCUGGCUCACCUGGUGGGUGUAUUCAUGGGACGUCAUGGAGCCAGUCACUUACUUCAUCACCUACGCCACCAGCAUGGGAGCCUUUGCCUACUAUAUACUCACCAAGCAGGAUUACGUUUAUCCAGACGCUAAGGACAGACAGUUUCUACGGUACUUUUAUAAGGGGGCCAAGAAGAAGCAGUUCAACGUGGAAAAAUACAACAAACUGAAGGAUGAACUGGAACAGGUGGAGGAGGACUUGAGACGUCUGAAAUACCCAAAUCAGCUUCAGCUGCCCUUAGAACAGAUCCAGGCCAAGCCAUAAGUGACACCCAGCAGGAAGGAGUGAGACUCUGCGCCAGAUGUGUGAUUAUUCUGAUAAUGCCAUAUUUUUACCUUGAAAUCUGAUUCUGUAGAAGUUCCCUUCUUUGCAUUGUUGCCAUAUUGUAUCCUCAUCAUAAACAUUGAUAAAUAAAGUUUGCAUUUCAGA